AUGACGAGUGACUUUCGAUUCAGUAUCCCCGAUAUUCUUCGGACUUUUACCCUGUUCCCAUCGCUACCAGCAGAGCUUCGGCAAGAAAUAUGGCACAGCGUCAUUUCCGAGCCGGGCAUCCAUUUUGUCAAGUUCGGGGACGAGGACUCCAAGUUAACCUGGGUAUCAAGGCCAUCCCAAAGGUUGGAAUCGACUGUAGAGGGAUGGCAUUAUCAAGCACUCGUCAAACAACGUGCUCGGAGAGAAAGACGUGAGGGUAGUCUGAAACGGAUUGCAGAUGCAAGAUUGACUCCACUCGAGUCAAACCACAAAGCAGACAUCUCAAAUUACAAGACACUGCGAGAGGAGCUGGCAAAGAUAUCCGCCGUAUGCAAAGAGUCGGCGGCAUUCGUUUCCAGCCUCCUUUCCAGGCCCGGCACUUUAACGUUUGAGAGCGGUGGUCUUCUUUCCUUGCAGGACUCCCAGGAUGUGGUCUACAUUGAAUAUUUCCCCAUGGGGAUUUAUCAGACGGGUUGCGCGCUGGCAGUCGACCCAUUCUGCCCAGAGCUUCAGAAGAUCCGCUGCGUCGCCGUGCGGUUUUGUCAUCAAUGGCAGGAUGAUGAGUUGCCGGUUCGAUGCGCAUUUUGUCGACAAGUUCACACGUCUGGUACGAGAAAGUCAUACCCUACACAUCUGUAUCAAUUUCUCGCACGGUGUUUCCCGAACCUCGAGCAGGUCUGGCUCAUCGAUUACUUCCUUCGUCCAAGGGCUACGGGGAACAGCGAUUCUAGCGUGUCGAAGGAAGAUAAUGACGCCACAAAGGGCCUUAUUGAGAGAAAUCUUCAAAGGUUUCGGUGUCAUGGCAGGAUCUACCACGAAGCCACGCCAGGCUUGUGGAAUGUCAAGGCUGAUUCGAUGGAGUUGAAAACAUGGCUUCAGGAGAGCUUUGUCAGGUACGCCAAAAACAGCAGCCACAGCCGCGUCAAGGGCCCAGAAAAGGUCAAAUUCGGCUUUCUAGCGUGUGACUGGCAGUACCAGUAUACCUCGCCUCCAGUAAUUGCGGAAAGAAAAAUAUCAAAGUAUUCGAGUCGAUAUAAGCGACCCGUCAGUUUACCCCGGCGAUUUCCACCUACAGCGUAUGGGCGGAUGGAAGACUUGAGGCACAGUGGGCACGCAGGCAAGGUGCAAACAGAUAUCCCAUUUGUAUUUGGUCAAGGGCGUUAUCACGAUUUUAACCCAGAACUGAGGCUCUGA